CACAUAGCAGCAGGGGAACACCUUGCGUAACGCCAGGACCCUCCCUUUUUGGUGCCUGAACAAGAAGUCGAAGUCAUCCCGUAGUAAUGAUACUGCGAUCUUGAAAGAACCUCAGACGUUUCAGGACAGAGGAUCUGGUUUCGACGACCUUAGACAAAACCGUGCUGGGUCAUUAAAAAAGGCACGUUCUGUAGCAAACGACUGAUCAGGGAAUUAUAUCGUAGAUCGACUCUAUACCUGUACCGGUGCGUGACCAAGACAUCAUUAUGGGAUUUCUACACACUCUACGGGAGGAAUUUCGUGUAAAGAAAUUUGGUUUGCGUUUUUCGUCGCACAGAUGUUUUUAUCGGUGCCAGUGGCCUAUUCAUCCCGGAAUAUUUCUCACAUAUAGAGUUAUUGUGGCUCUCUACACGCUCACAUGGUUUCUCUAUACUAUGCUGAGGAGCCCUUUCGGAGGACGGGGCCACUUUCAACUGGCAUAUCUGACCAUAUGGACAUACAUUGCGCUCGUCAUCCAUCUGAUCUGGGCUGCUAAUGUUGCCAUUUUGUGUUACUGUCAGUCGAGAACGAAACAGCUGUCUGACGGCGGGAAAGAAGAUGCGAUCAUAUCACGCAACGAUGGACAGAAAGAAACGUACGACAACCCCGCCUAUCAGACACAGGAAGCAGACGACGGUGCGGAACCCAAAGGAACACCCACUUUGGAAAACGGCUCUAAUGGUUCCAAAGAACUUGCUACAGACAGUACCCUACCGGCAGUGGUGAUAACUUCCCCUCAGAGCAAUACCAUAGAAUUUACCGACACCGAUACGGACCUUACCCGUUGGUUUUCCAAGGUGUCUUGGGUACUCUUCAAUAUCCUCUUAGCGUGGGCCCCGAUUGUCACGGCCAUUUAUUAUGGGGCAUUGCACAAGUAUAUUUUAGCAUAUUUUGACACAUUGUCCUAUUUCCCAACCUCAGUUUACGUCACGGAUUUGCAUCUCCACGGUUUGAACUCUCUGAUUGUUUUCAUUGAAAUCAUUCUAGCGGCUUUCCCCAUUCGUAUUCUUCAUUUUAUUUAUCCCCUUACCUAUGGGAUAGUGUACGUGAUAUGGUCAGUAAUAUAUUGGUCCGUGGACCCCCAAAAUAACGUGCUGUACCCUGGGAUAUUGGACUGGAAUACCCCCGGAACGACGGUCCUUGUAAUGAUCGGAGUUUUAGUCGUCAUCUUUGUGUUACAAUUCAUAUGGUUUCUCGUACACAGAAUCAAGAUGUUCAUAUUCAAACGUUAUUGCUCGUCACCUUUAUAAGAACGCACAAUGAGAAUGUAACAAUUUAGUCAAAGGAACAAGUUUUCCCAGCGUGCCAUUGCUUUACGUGGGAGGUUAAAUUCGCUCAUUGGUAGAGGAUUACCUGCGUUUUCCGCAGAUGACACACGUUAAUCUGUAUUUCUUAUUUAAUCUAGAGCGCUUAGGCUUAGGUGACACAAUUGCUGGUUUUCUCAGCGCCCUGAGAAAAAAGUUGUAAGUUUGCCAUAUGAACAAAACCAAUAUAAGAGAGGCCAGCGUGAAUCGUUAUCAAAUAAGGUCGUGCUCCACAUAACUAGGGAAUGCCCUAUACCUGAUAACCCAGAAAUCUAUUAGGUGUUGUGACUGUUCCUUUAUAUCUAUGUAAACCAGUACUGUAUGCCAACCUUAACGCACCCAUUCAGCUUAAUUCUAGUCAGUUUGCUAAGGAUGUGGAGGGGUUAUCAUCCGAGUUAACCCUUGGACUCAGUACAUGACUGUAUACUGUUUGAGUCCGUUGAGUGAUUACUGUAUGUUUACUAUUUAAAAUAUCGGAAUAAUUAUUAUCAAGAUUCUUAUCUUUUAAAAGAAAAACCCUUCAUGUUAAAACAGAGUUCAUUUAACGGAUGUAGCUGUCUUUUGGUAAUUUAUCAUUUAUAAGAUGUUUUUUUUUAAUUUUUGAAUAAUAAAGACCCUUGUAAUAAAUCGACGAAGUGGCGAUCUACUUGUACCUGCUGUCAUAUAGUUCAUUGAGUGAAAUGUUUCAACACUAAUAAUACAUUACGAAAGGAUUGUUAAGUGGCAGAUGCAUCCAUAAUCGUGCUAUAUUGAUUACAGAUAUUUACCUAGAUUUUUUGUUCUUAAUAUACUGCAUUUGAUACUUUCUCUUGGUCAUGUGAAACGUCAGUUAUGCCUUUCCCUGCCCAUGUUAGUUCAUAUGUGAACGUGUCUUCAGAGACAAAGGCAAAACUAAGAACAAAGCUUUGCCAAGCAACUUUGCUCGCAACAGAUUUAUUUAUGUUUAGACAUGUCUCCAAAACUAGUAAACAAAUUAUUUGAGUACAAAGGAAAAUAAGUCUAGAUGAGAAAAAAAUGCAGAAACAUAGUGAAGAAGUAAAAUGUUUAUGUAUCUUUAAUUCUAUCAUACAGUUUGAAUUAUUGACAGGAUUCUGAAAGCGGGUUUUUUCUAUGGAUUUGUUAUAAUCUCUUUAUAUUAUGAUUAAUUUAUUGUAAAUUGGACUGAAAUGACAUUGGUCUUUUCUAGGUAUUUGUUAUUAUCUCAUUAUAUUUUGAUAAAUUUAUUGUAAUAUCAAUAAAACCAACAUAGUGCAGUAGCAGUCA